CAUUUCUGAGUGGUAGAGCGGGGCAGUCAUGGCUGAGGAGAAGGCAGAGCAGAGCGGCUCGGAUGAAAAGGCUUUCGAGGCCCUGGAGCGAGACUUCCAGGAGGUUCUACAGGAGCUGGCGGGGGACAAAAGCCUGGAGAAAUUCCAGAUCGAGUACGAGAAGCUGCACAGCGCCCUGAAGAAAUCGUACGACAAUGAAAAGCGUUUGAUGGCAAAAUGCAGGGAGUUGAACGCAGAGAUUGUGGCAAAUGCUGCCAAAGUGGCCACGGCUAUAAAGCUCUCCCAGGAGGACCAGAGCACCAUCUCCUCCUUGAAAAAGGAGAUUGAAAAGGCUUGGAAGAUGGUGGACGCGGCCUAUGAGAAAGAACAACGUGCCAAGGAAACCGUUAACUCCCUGAAAGAUGAAGUUAAAAGUCUGUCCAAAUUGGUGGAGCAAGGGGCAGGGAUGUCAGCGGGGCAAGAACACAGUGAUCUACUGAGCGCUAAAGAGGAGCUGAGCAAAGAGCGGGACGAGCUUCUGGCAGAGGUGGUGAAACUGCGAGAGAACUUGGUGAAGGCGACGGAGCUGCAGCAGGAGGCGGAGAAAUCUAAGGAGGAGGCGGAGCAGGGAAUCAUUCAGUUUCAACAAGAAAUACAGAUGCGCCAGAAUGAGGCCUCCAGAGAAUCCCGCAAGAAGGAGAAGCUAGAGAAGGACCUGAGAGGCCUGCAGAGCGAGGCUGAGGCAAAGCAGCUGGAAAUCAAGUCCAUGCAGCAGAACCUGACAAGGAACAAGGAGGAACUUCAGAGGCUGGAACAGCAGCUCAAAGAGAACAAGAUCCUAAAUGAAAGAGUUUCCAAGGAACUGGAACAGGUUCAGAUGCGGAACAAUAAACUCCAGCAAGAGAACGAGCAGCAAAGUGUCCUCAACGACCAACUGACCCAGGAGAACCAGCAGAAGCAGCUAGAGCUAAAGGCUAAGGAGGAUGAGGUGAACCAAAUGCGCCAAGAAAUAUCCAAGAUUUCCAAGGCCAGAGAGACAAUACAAAGAAAAUAUCGGCAAAUGGAGGAGCAGAAGAUCGAGGUGGAGCAGCAAAGAGAGACCUUAAAAAACCAAAUCACUGGAUUCGAAAGAGAGCUGGAGUCUGCGAAGAAACAAGCCGAGAUUGAUAAGAAGGCCGUAGAGGAGCUGGUGCGGGAGAGGGAUAUGCUGAAUAAGAACCUCCUACGGGCGGCCAAUGCCACCGACAAGCAGCAGAGUUUGGUGAAACUCCAUGAGCAGUCCAAAAAAAACCUGGAGGAAGAAAUCCAGAGCUACAAGGAGGAGGCUCAGAAACAGAGGAAAAUUAUUUAUCAGCUGGAAAAAGAAAGGGACCGCUAUAUUAACGAGGCCAGUGACCUCACCCAGAAGGUUCUGCAGCACAUGGAGGAUAUCAAGGUCCGGGAGAUGCAGAUAUUUGAUUACAAGAAGAAGAUCGCAGAAGCAGAGACAAAGCUGAAGCAACAGCAGAAUCUCUAUGAGGCAGUGAGGUCCGACAGGAACCUGUACAGCAAGAAUCUCAUUGAGGCCCAGGAUGAAAUCACGGAAAUGAAAAGGAAACUUAAAAUCAUGAACCACCAGGUGGAUCAGCUGAAGGAGGAGAUCAGCUCCAAAGAGUCGGUGCUCGUGAAAGUGCAUCUGGAGCACCAGCGCAUAGAGAAGGAGAAAGAGGCACUCAAGGCAGAGCUGCAGAAGAUGAAGCAGCAGAGCGUAGAGACCAAGCAGCUGAUUGACAAUCAAGAAGCAGAAGAGAAGAAACUUCUAAAGAUCAUUUCUGAGGCCGACGCUGAGCGGUUGAGGCAAAAGAAAGAACUAGAGCAGGUUAUUAGCGAGAGGGAUAUUCUCGGCUCGCAGCUUGUCCGCCGCAAUGACGAACUCGCCUUGCUCUACGAGAAAAUCAAAAUCCAGCAGUCCAUCCUGAAUAAAGGCGAGAUCCAAUACAAACAGCGCGUGGAGGACAUACGGCUGCUCAAACUCGAGAUUAAGAAACUCCGGCGGGAGAAGGGGAUCCUGACAAAGACUGUGGCCAAUGUGGAGGAACUAAGACGGGAGGUUUACCACAUGCAGAGGGACCUGCUGAAGGAAAGAACCCGGUGCCGAGCAUUGGAGGAGGAGCUGGAGAACCCCAUGAAUGUCCACAGAUGGAGGAAACUGGAGGCGAGUGACCCGAGUACUUAUGAACUGAUCCAGAAGAUCCACACCCUGCAGAAGCGCCUCAUCCGCAAAACAGAGGAAGUGGUGGAGAAAGAGCUGCUCCUGCAGGAGAAGGAGAAGCUGUACGUGGAGCUGAAACACAUCCUGGCGCGGCAGCCCGGCCCAGAGGCAGCAGAACAGCUACAGGUCUACCAGAAAACCCUGAGGGACAAGACCAAACAGCUAAAGGCUCUCUCCGCCGAGCUGAACAUGUACGAGUCCCAGAACCAGGAGCACAAGUACGAGAUCGAGCGAUUGGCCAAUGAGCUGCAGAACAUGAAGAAGAAAUACCUGACCCAGAAACGGAGGGAGCAGCAGGCCAGGGAGAAGGAGAGAGGCGUGGCCGACACUUUCCUACAGCAGCAGCAUCUGGAGGGGCCGCGAUUCACCGGAGGAGGGUUCCCACUCAGCCACGCCCCCAGGGUAUCAGCCUAAAUACCACCCCCCCCAUUUCUCUGUUUGUUCCACUUCACUUUAUCAUGUGACUUCUGGGAAUGAGAUCCGCCCACUCUGUGCCCCAGGACUUGCGUUCUAAUUGUUUGUGUUCCCCUUUAUUUGCUAAAUAAAUGGCGUUCCUCUUCCAUA